AUAAUAAUCUCAACGGGUACAUGCACACACUCAUAGACAUUGGUUAUCGUCUGAUAAACUCCGCCCCGACAGCUCCUCCAGCUGAUAGCCUGUGCAUUGCAUGUUUGGGAUUGUUGUGAUGGGAGGCCGCAGCCAUCUUGGAUCAGCGCCGCUCCACCAGCGAGCAGCGGGAGAGGACGGACGACGUUAACGGUAGAGCCAGUUAGCUAACGUUAGCCGCUCGGCAAGAUUACCCGCAAUCUGUUUCGGUGUGCGUUGCGAGUAUGCUUGACGUACGUUAGUUUUCUUCGUCAGCUGCCGUUUUGAAUGCGUAAAAAUGGGUAGAAAUUGUGUAAAGCGUUUAACGUUGUAAUUCCGAAGAGGAGGGCGGCGGCGGCGGCGGUGCAGAUCCUCGGUAUAUUGUUUAAAUUUCUGGAUAGAGGAGUUACUAUGAAUGGAGGAUAAAUGUUGCCAAAGGCUGACAGCAGCAGUUUCGUCCUCUUCUCUCUUCUCUUCGUCCUCACGUUAACGGACCCACCACGGACAGGUCCGCGGCUAGCUCUGGCAAGAUUAUUGUCAGAGCAGCGCUGCAGCCCUGGGCAGUUUGCCUGCCGCAGUGGGAAGAUGCAGUGUAUCCCAAUGUCCUGGCAGUGUGACGGCUGGACAGCAUGUGAGGACAAGAGCGACGAGAUGGACUGUCCCCCUAUAAAGGAGGAGAGGUUUCGCUUUGGCAACGGAUAUGAUCAGGUAGAAGACGUCAUCGGUGUGGCUCAGCCUGUGCGCUUCAACAAGAAAUGCCCAAGCGGGUGGCACCACUACGAGAAGACGGCCAGCUGUUACAAAGUCUACCUGAGGAACGAGAACUACUGGCAGGCCGUGGAUACUUGUCAGAAAGUCAACGGCUCAUUGGCAACGUUUGUGACCAACGAGGAGCUGCAGUUCAUACUGAAGAUCGAGGUGGACUUUGACGAUAAAGUCUGUGAGCGCAGAGACCAGUGCAAGUUUUGGGUGGGCUACCAGUAUGUGAUCACCAAUCAGAACCACUCUCUGGAGGGCCGCUGGGAGGUAGCAUACAAAGGGUCGAUGCAGGUGUUUCUGCCACCUGAAGGUCUGACCAAUUUUGGGGAGGCGUCUCCCACCCAGGACAACGUCUUCUGCGCCCAGCUGCAGCGCUUUCAAAUCAAAAGCAUGAAUGAACGAGGCCUGCACAGUUGGCACGCUGAGAACUGCUACAAGAAGUUCCCCUUUCUCUGCAAGAGGAGGCAAACAUGUGUGGAUAUAAAAGACAAUGUUGUAAACGAGGGCUACUACUUCACCCCUAAGGGGGACGACCCAUGCCUCAGCUGCACGUGUCAUGACGGCGAGCCUGAGAUGUGUGUGGCUGCGCUGUGUGAGAGGCCGCAGGGCUGCCAGCACUUCCGCAAGGAUCCCAAAGAGUGCUGCAAGUUCACCUGCCUGGACCCAGACGGAAACAGUCUGUUUGACUCGAUGGCCAGCGGGAUGAGACUGAUCGUCAGCUGCAUCUCAUCCUUCCUCAUCCUCUCUCUGCUGCUCUUCAUGGUGCACAGACUCCGUCAGCGGAGACGUGAACGCAUUGAAACACUGAUCGGAGGAAACUUGCACCACUUUAACCUUGGAAGACGAGUCCCAGGCUUCGACUACGGCCCAGAUGCCUUUGGCACCGGCCUCACUCCUCUGCAUCUGUCUGAUGAUGGAGAGGGAGGCGCUUUUCAUUUCCAAGAGCCUCCUCCACCGUACGCAGCCUACAAAUACCCCGACAUCCAGCACCCCGACGACCCGCCUCCUCCGUACGAGGCCUCCAUCAACCCAGACAGCCUCCUCUACGUGGACCUCGGGCACAGUGGGGUUUCCAUGGUGCCAAGCCAGAUGAACGCCAUGGGAGACGGGCUCCAGGCCGAUAUUCCCAACGCCUCUGGUCCCACAGUGGACUCGGCGCCAUCCACUCAGGAGAGAGAGGACUCCAUAGAUAGCAGCACCCUCCUGGUGGGGCCCGACACCCCGACAGAUGGCCACGCCCCCGCUCCCAUGCCUGCAGACUGCACCUCCCUCAGCACUGUGGUAUAGGACUGUGGACGGACAGCAGGGAGCUGCACCCGGACAUUACCUGCUGGUAGAGGAAGGUCGUGAGUGCGUUGUGCACCUGGAGAAGGACGCAGCACACUGUUGUGUCAUUCAUCCAACAUGCUGACUGAGGAGAGGAGAGUUAAAGUUUGUACAGACAUAUCAAAAGGUGGAGCAGCCUGUUUUCUCUGAGGUGACGGAUGGAUGCCCUCUUUCUGAAGACUGUGCAGUUGAACUUCUGAGUGUUUUUUUUUUUUUUUGUUGUUGUUUUUUUUUUUAAAGACACUGGCAUCUGAGGGAGCAGAAGGGACUGUUUCUGUACAGAGAGGAAAAACACUACAUACAGGCUGAGAAAGCUGCACUAUUACUUUAAGCGUCGACUGAGCAAAGCUUUUGAAACAUCUCAGAGUUGGCCCGAUUGGUCGAGAGGCCCUGAUGUAAAUACUCCCUCAGGUCUGUGCCAGUCAAAUUUGUAAUACUUGUGUGUUUCGGUCCGGCACAAAACAAAUAACGGCAGACGGACAGUGAAGCCAGCUUUUCGUUCCAUGUGCUUUUUUUUGUUUGUUUGCAUCAUUCUGUCGUUUAAACAGACGUAUCCGUAUCGAUCUGUCUCCAGGAACAAAUGUUUUCAUCGGCCCUGUCUGUCGCGGCAUGUCCCAGAUCUCAAUUUCUAUUCCUUCCCCCCAGUUUCUUAUUAGACUGAUACAUGAAGCUGUCUUCCAGGUUUAUAGCGCAUAUUUGCCAGCAAAAAAUGUUUUGUAGUUAAGAGGUUUAACCUUGCGAGAGGGUACAGUUAGUUUGCUCCUAUAGGGUUUUUAUUAGGGUAAUACUGACACAACGCUUUAAGUGUCAACGAAUGUUGUGGUACUGAAAUACUGAGUUUGGUAUUGUGUUCUUUUUGAUGAUAAUUUAUGACUGCAGGCUGUAAUCCUGAUUGUUUUAUCGUGGGAUAGUUGCAGCCUCAAUCUCCUAACUGAUCAGCGAGCGAAAGCAAUGACGCUUUUCAACUGUGUGUGUGAAGAUUAGGGAUGAUAUCCUGUCAUUAAAUUUGGAAAAAAAAAACAGCAUUUAUUUAAAAUAACUGUUCCAAUCAUGAAGUUAUUUCAUCAUACAGAUAGUCCCAGUGUUGUUACUUUAUCAUCAACUCUUCACAGGGUGGUUGUGUAUUUGCUAACUAAACCAUGUUUUAGUAACUCAAAGCUCAACGUUUUGCACGCUCAUCCCUCGAUUAAAUCAGGUUUCUUUGGGAAGUAAUUUGUCAGCUGUCACAUUUGAAUGCUGCCCCUCCAUCCCUGAUGUGUUUGUAUGUGUGAUGUCUUCACGCAGUACAUCUGUUGUCUCGGUUACUGAGGUUGUUCUCAGCUAUCCAUGAAGACGAUGUCACAGACUGUAGAUGUGAAACUUAUCUGUUCUGGUGUUGAUGGGUCUGUUAAUUGUUCUUGUUUCUCAGUGGGACUGCAGUCAAAAAAAAUUAUAAUAAAAGAAAGUGUAAACUGUUUGGAAUGAGUUAGACCCCCGUGUUAUGACGACAAUCGUUUUAUUCACUCAAGGAUGAAUUUUCUAAGCUUGAGGAAGUCUGAGUCAGAGUCGACCCACAACCACCAGCAUUCAACUCGCUUUUUAUCUGCCUCGAGAAAAACGGCUAUAAAUGUGUGUGUCUGAGUGACUGUGCACAUCUGUGUAUCUCAUGUCUGAAUGUAUGUAGAAAAUAUAAUUUUUUGUGCUUAAGCUUUUUCCCUCCCCCCUUUUUUUUAUUUAGCAUAUUGACAAUCCACUGUGGAUUAUCCAACAAACAAAAUCUCAUAAAUUGUAGAAAAUGUGCAUGUGUGUAUAGGAGAUGUACUGGUUUGGAUUUUUUUUUUCUCAUCAAGCUUGUUUGGUUUUAUUUUUCAACCUGCAGUGCAUGUUUUUAUCUUCUGGCAUGCUGAGAGAUUUCCUUUUUGUUUGUUUGUUUUUGUUGAUGGAAACAUUUUUAGGUCAACAGUGUGUCCUGUACAGUAGGUUAAAAGACUCCUGCAUAUAGUUUAAUAUCUCUGUAUGCAUCGAAAACCUGCCCACAACCCGAACAGCUGCAUUUACACUGUAGUUUCUGUGCUAGACUAUGGUGGUGUGAGAACUAAUUUUAUUGGAUUUGAAAUGUUUUAUGUAUAAUACAACAAAUGCUACA